AUGGAUUUCAUUCUCUCUUUGACGCAUUUUUGCGAGGUACAUGGCCCGACCUCGAUCAUCUGCUCCCAAGUCCUCCCAUUCUCCUGUUCGCAAUGCUACCCCGAACAUUCCGACAUCUCCCCCGAUGAUACCCCGGCGACUUCUCACGACACCGUCUCCUCCCAUGGCCUGCGCAAAGAAUUCAGUCCCUCGAAAUCCGCGGAGAAGCCCACCAAUGGGAGUUCCAAAUCGCCCAAGAUCGAGGAUCAUCCCUAUUUCCUCAAGUCUCAACCGAGUGCUCCAGAACCCCAGAAGAUAAGCCGUGUCGGAGGCGCCGACGGCGAUACUUGCGCCAGCUGUAGCCUCACCUUGCCGGAGGGUGUAAGCAAACAACUCCCUGCAGGCGCCCCUGGAACCCCCAACGGUGACGGCAAGGGCAAUAAUGCCAGCCCCGUGCUGCGGUCCAGAGAACUGGUCUACUCCUGCGGCAGUAAUCAUUGCGAUUAUAACGACAGCGCAAACGACUCGCAUACGCAUGCCUCGCUUCCCGACUCCCUCCAUUCUUCUUCCGUCUCGUCGGACGCCUCUUGCCACACGCAUAUUCUCACCUAUCUCUCCUUGCGCGGUCCUCCCAACCCCGCAGAUUACGCCCUUCUGCGACGCUCUUCCAUCCGCACAUUGAGUUGCGAGCUUCUCCCGCGCGGUCUCUCCUCCGGUCCUUUGUGCUUUGGUGACUCGAAUGCCGGUUACACGGUCGCCUACAUCUUUCGCCUUCCCGACCCUAUGGCUCGCGGGAAACGGCGCAGCUAUGCGCUGGUCGCGCUGGCCGGCAAGGAUGCGAAUAAAGCGUUCCGUGCCUGUCCGGUAAUAUGGAGGGCAUUCGGUCGCAUUGCAUCCGGCAUCGUCAAUUCGGCCGAGAAGUUCCAAGAGGAAGAGAAGCGGCGCGAGGAGCAGAACAGCAGCUCCAAUCGAAACGGAAAUCAUCCGUAUACCCCCGUUUCCUCCUUCCUCACCGGACGCACCGUCGAUCCCGACGGAAUGCGACGACCCGGCCAGGUUCGCGCACGAAACCUCUCGGACAUCGUGGGCAACCAAUACAUAUUUGCGGAAAUCCACGCACAUUUUGUUGCCCUUCUACAACAGUUGGGUUCAAUGUUUGGAGCUGUCCCCAUCUCAGAGGAACGAUUUGUUUGCAGUACGGUACGCGAAGACGAAGAUACACGACGGUCGGUUUUGUCGGGCAGCGAGAAGGGCAAUCCCAACGAUCAGAAAUUCCAGAAAUACGACGAUAGUGAUCUUGGCAUGGCCAAGCUGGAUAUCUCGUCGGGUCCGAAGCCCAUUCCAAUCGCUCCCCGCCGGUCCGUCAUCGCAUAG